GCCCGCCCAGGCACUGCCCGCGGGAGCCGCCGCCGCCGCCGCCGCCGCCGCGCCCGCCAUGGACGUCCGCCUGUACCCCUCGGCGCCCUCGGUGGGCGCGCGGCCCGGGGCCGAGCCGGCUGGCCUGGCGCACCUGGACUAUUACCACUGCGGCAAGUUUGAUGGUGACAGUGCCUACGGGGGGAUGAGUGACGGCAACCCAGAGCUCCUAUCAGCCAGCCAGACCUACAACAGCCAGAGCGAGAGCAACGAGGACUAUGAGAUCCCCCCGAUAACGCCUCCCAACCUGCCAGAGCCGUCCCUCCUGCACCUGGGGGACCACGAAGCCGGCUACCACUCGCUGUGCCACAGCCUCGCGCCCAGCGGACUGCUCCCCGCCUACCCCUACCAGGCCAUGGACCUCCCGGCCAUCAUGGUGUCCAACAUGCUGGCCCAGGACAGCCACCUGCUGUCGGGCCAGCUGCCCACGAUCCAGGAGAUGGUCCACUCGGAGGUCGCUGCCUACGACUCGGGCCGCCCAGGGCCCCUGCUGGGCCGCCCCGCGAUGCUGGCCAGCCACAUGAGCGCCCUCAGCCAGUCCCCGCUCAUCUCUCAGAUGGGGCUCCGGAGCGGCCUCGCCCACGGCUCCCCGUCACCCCCAGGGAGCAAGUCGGCCACCCCUUCUCCCUCCAGCUCUACUCAGGAGGAGGAGUCAGAAGCGCAUUUCAAGAUGUCGGGGGAGAAGAGACCCUCAGCUGACCCAGGGAAAAAGGCCAAGAACCCGAAGAAGAAGAAGAAGAAGGACCCCAAUGAGCCGCAGAAGCCCGUGUCGGCCUACGCGCUCUUCUUCAGAGACACCCAGGCCGCCAUCAAGGGGCAGAACCCCAGCGCCACCUUCGGGGACGUGUCCAAAAUCGUGGCCUCCAUGUGGGACAGCUUGGGAGAGGAGCAGAAGCAGGCCUACAAGAGGAAGACCGAAGCGGCGAAAAAGGAAUACCUGAAGGCUCUGGCGGCCUACAGGGCCAGCCUGGUCUCCAAGAGCUCCCCAGACCAGGGCGAGACCAAGAGCACUCAGGCCAACCCGCCGGCCAAAAUGCUGCCACCCAGACAGCCCGUGUACGCCAUGCCAGGCCUGGCCUCCCUCCUGACGCCCUCUGACCUGCAGGCCUUCCGCAGCGGGGCCACCCCCGCCAGCCUCGCCCGGACACUGGGCUCCAAGUCGCUGCUGCCAGGCCUAAGCGCGUCCCCGCCGCCACCACCCUCCUUCCCACUCAGCCCCCCACUGCACCAGCAGCUGCCGCUGCCCCCCCACGCUCAGGGCGCCCUCCUCAGCCCGCCUGUCAGCAUGUCCCCCGCCCCCCAGCCUCCUGUCCUGCCCACCCCCAUGGCACUCCAGGUGCAGCUGGCUAUGAGCCCUUCACCUCCGGGGCCACAGGACUUCCCUCACAUCUCCGAGUUCCCCAGCGGCUCUGGACCCCGCUCUCCCGGCCCAUCCAACACCACCAACAGCGGAGACUGGGACAGCAGUUACCCCAGCGGGGAGUGUGGCAUCAGCACCUGUAGCCUGCUCCCCCGGGAUAAAUCUCUCUACCUCACCUAAUCCCGCCUCCCCUCUCCUCCCUGAGGCUGCUGGAGGGGCCCAGAGCAGAAAAGAAGAAGCCUUGGCAGGAAGCAGGGCGCCCACGAAGAGAGAGCAGUGACACGCUGACGCCCCACGGCUGAGUCUCUCCCUCGACCUCUCGCCAGACUCUGCAGAGGCAGCCCCACGCCCGCCGCCAGCCCAAAGAACCUGCAGGAGACUGCCGCCCCCUGACCUGCUUGCUCCGGGGUUCCUGUGGACCCUGCUCCUCGUCCUGCACACCGAACCCUGCGUCUGGACCUCUGGCCCCAGCCCAGGCUCACGUGGGCUGCUCCUCCUGGAGGGGUUGCUUAGCAACGGAAACCCACCCCCAGAUGCACGGGCGGGGACCAGCCCAGCCACAGUUGUGCAAACGUGGUUGUCCGGUGUGAACAAGAGAUUAUGACAUCUUGAACUGUUGGCUCCGUGUAAGUAGUUGACUCCGUGUUUUAGAACUGUGCUGAAGACAUCUGUAAGAUUAUUUUGUGGGGGAAAGAAGUAGUUUCCUUUAAGGUAAAAAAAAAAAAAAAGCAUUUUAUAUGACCCUUAGCACACGUUUUUUAAGUUUGAUCUGAAGGGAGACGCGCGCAGAGCUGGCGGCUGCCCGGCCGCCCCGCCGUCCGCACGGCCGGGACCUGGACGCUCUCAGCCGCACUGGG